AUGAGUGAAGAAGUAUAAAUAAACACAUUAAAAUAUGGAUAAAUAAUAACAAUUAGUCGUUUUGAAGAUAUAAAAUCAUUUGUAACCUCUGACGGUCAUGCCAAGAAUAGUGUUUUUUUAAAAAACUUUUCCAAAUAAAAUAACAAGAGCAGCCAAAAUUCAAAAUACUAAAAUAUCGUUAUUAAUAAAGAUGAUUUUUCUAAUUGUUUAUUUUAGAUAUACCCCAAAGUCCAAAACUCUACCAAAACAAAAAUCUUAAGAGAAUCAGAACAAUUUAAACAAUAAAAAAAAAAGACCUAAUCCAAUGAACUUACAGUAAAACAAAAAAAUACCCAAAAAGAUGGUCCUCCCUUAAACUCUGACGAAAACACAAAUAAUUAAUUUUUGAAGAAAAUUCCUCUAUAUUAAUCCCAACUUUAUACGGAAUUUAAGUCUAAUGUAGAUGAAUUUAACAAUAUGAUGGAAAUUUCCCUUUCAUAUAAUGAGCCUUUUUAACUCCUUCAUUUGAAUUCUUCUAAAUUUUUGGCUUGUCAGAUAAUCGAGAGUAAAUACGAAAAGGAAAAUUAUAAAAUUCUUUUAGACGAUUUUUCUUCUGAAUAAACUCUUUUUAAAAUCAUACCUGCUUUUGCUUACUAAAAAGAGAGUGCAACUUAUAUUUACGAGAAUGAAUGUAUUAAAAUUGUCAAAGCAUAAAAUUUUAACAACAAAACAAUAAAUCUCCAUUUUUCAGAAGAAAUAUGUCAAAUGAAAUAAAAAAAUUAAUUAUAAUAAUAGACACAAAUAAUGAGUUAAUUAACUAAAUAACCUCAAUAAAUCUUCUAAAAGUCAACCUCUUAAAAUAUUAAUAGAGAAGUAAAUGGUUGUUUAGAAAAAGCGGCUAUGCUUAAAGUAUAAAUAUUUCAAGAUUUAACUGAUUUGUAAAAUUAAAAAUAUCUCAAAUGUGGUGAUGCUAUUUGGCUUCAUCAUUCUUAAAUGAAUUGUACAUUAGCGGCGUAAUAACUUCGUAUAGCAACAACUAAAGAAUAAUUAACUUCAUUAAAUAUAAUAGUAAAUAUAUAUAUUGCCAUUUUUAUUUAAAAUUUAAAAGGAAUGGAUGUCAAAAAAUAAUUUAAAAUCCAUAUAAUAUAAGCCGGAUAAAAUGUUUCCUUUGAAGAUUAUUCAGGAAAUACAUUCGGUCUAUGGAUAAUUGAAAAUUAAGAUUUUCAAAAGGGAGGUUGUGUGGAAUAUAGAACAGCCUAUAGACUAAAACACAUGUCUUCAGGCUGCUAUUUGAGCGUAAUGGACGAAAAUAAAAAUAAAAGAGAAGAAAUUUAGAAAGAUUAAGAAUUAAAAAAUCAAAAUGUAAAUGAGUAAUUCGUAGAAACUGGAAGUUUUCUUUUUAUUAGAAAUAUAAAUAGCGGAAUGUGGCUUGAUAUAGUUAAUUUAGACCAAAACAUAAACUAAUAAAAUGAAGAAAAUGAAAGCAAUUUUAAUAAAGCCUUGAAAGCUUCAUUUAAAAUGCAAAUGGCAGAAAAUCAAGUAUUUAAAGUUUUUUAGAUUUCCUCAAAUAAAAUGUGGGAAGCUAAAUUUGUUAUUUCUUGCUCUCAUGUAUUGCUUAAAUUUUUAUUAAGUUUUAGAAAUUCUUAAAAUAACAAUGACGAAUAAAAUUUAAAUGUGCUUAAAUAAAAGAUAAAAACAGCCAAAUACACAAUUAAUAAUUUAAAUAAUUUUUGCAAUAAUAAAUUACUAAAUUACUAACCUGAUUAAAAAUACGGAAUGUAGAAUUCUAGAAGAUAAAAAUUAUUAAAAGAAUAAUAUUACAUAGAUUUUUUGAUUAAAAUUUUAGAAGAUUUAUUACCCAAAAAUGAACUUGAAUUGUGGAUUUAAUAUAAAAAUUAAGAAGACGAGGAAAAAAGAUAAAUGCAGAAUGAAUAAAAUCAUGAUUUUUCGGAUAAUUAAUAAAUAUUUGCUAUAUAGUAAAAAUAAAACAAACCCAAAAUAUAAAAUAUUUAACUUAAUAAUGAAUACAUGCUUUAUUUUAAUGAAAAAGUUUAAUUAGCUAUAGAUAUAUACAGUUUGCUUGUAAGUAUUUGUAAAAACAAUCCAGAAAAUUAAUUGUAUACAUUCGAUUUAAUUCCCUAUUUUUACAUACAUUGUAAAUAUAUUCCAGAAGCUAUUGAUUGCGUGAUAAGUUUAAUUUCUAACAACGAAACUAUUUUAAAUAAACUUUCAGAUAAUUUAAAAAUACCUUACGAAUAUGAAAAAUCUUCUUAUAAUGAUUAAAUCAACUAAAAGCAAAUAAAAAUACUAAUAAAUCUUUAUGAUCAAGAUAAUAAUAAUACAAAUAAUAAUGGAGAAUUAAUUUCUUUCAAAUAACAUGAAAAAAUAACCCCUAAGCCAAUAAAUAUAAUUAUUUAUUUCAUGAAUUUAAUAUGGGAUGAUAAAGCCUAAUAUAAAUCACAUUAUUUAAAAUUUUUAAGGUCUAUUUGUAGAAUAUAAAAUAAGGCAAUAUCUUUAAAUUAGGAAAACAUUUUCAAAUUAUUCAAAAAAUAUUCAAAAGUAAAAUAAUAAAUACGAUACGAUUAAUAUUUCAAGACAGGAGCGGUAAAACUACCCGACCCAAACUCAACUGAAUAAGAAAUAAAAUAAUACGAAAGAAAUGUGAGCGAAUAAAUAAGGUUUUUUUCUGAAUUAUCCUUUGGAAGGAACUUUUUGUGGUGCAAAGAACUCAUUCCGCAUUUUUCGAACCAUUAUUUAUUAGAAAAUAUAUGGAGUUAAGGAGAAUUAAAUAAUUUUUCAGAAUUAAGGGCAUGUUUUUGUUAAUUAGCAAUGUCAUUAUAUAUUGACCAUGAUCCUUUGUAAAGAAAACCUAUCCCUAACUAUUGUAGGCUUUUCAAUGAAAUAGAUGUUGCUGAUGAUGUUGAAGUUUUCAAAUCAGAAAAUAAUUAAGAAAAUGAAAUUCUUAUGUAUAAAUAAUUCAUUAUUAAGCUACUUUCUUAUCUUUAAAAUUUUUCAGAUAAAAUUGAAGAUAAAAUAAAAGAAUAUUAAAUAGAAGAUCAUAAAAUGCAUUAACUUAAAUACGAAAAUAUGAUGAAAGAAAAUAGCUUUAUUGAUGAUACUUUACUUCUAAAUUCUAUAGAACUAACCCAUUUAAUUUUAAAUUUAGGACUUUUCGAAGCUUUAAAAGAAACAAAUCAAUUUAAAUUUUUAGUUAAAUAUCUAAUGAAUAUUUUUAUAUUUGAUGCUAAAAAUAUUCAAUAUAUAGCCGCUUGUUAAAUUACAUUAAACAGAGAAAAUGAUAGAAGAAAAAACAUAAAAGAUUAAAAAAAAGUGCUUUUAAAUUUUGAUAUUGCCGCAAAUAUGAAAAAACUUCAAUAAGCCGCUAAUUAAACAACAUUACUUUUGAAAUAAAGCAAUUCAGAAAAAGAGACAAAAGAAGAUGAUGAUAUCAAUUUUGAUCCAGGGCAAGGAGAUAAUUAAAAUCCUUUGGAAUAAUCUAAAUUAUAUGAUAAUCAUAUAAUGAGAGGAUAAAUUAAAUUGAAUAAUAUGUUAUAAGAAAUGAAUUAUUAAGAUUAAGCUUAAAUGUAAACUGAAAUAAACGUUAAGCUUAAAAUAUUAGAUAUAUUAGAAAAUAUUUAAAAUUUAAGACAAAAUUACUUAAUUUCUAAUGUUUUAAAAUUUUUUAAAGAUAACAUAGCUGACAUUGUUAUAAGCUCGAAUGAUAAGGCUAGGUAAAAUAUAUAAGAAAUUUUGAGAAAAAAUAUCAAGAGUAUUUUACCAAAUAUUGCUAAAACAGGAAUUGAUGUAGUUGAUUAAAUGUUCGAUUAAAAAGAUUCAAGUUCUUUAUUAAAUUCACUAUCUAUUAAAUCUCUUAAUCCCAAAAAUAUAAAAAAAUACGAUUCUAAAAAUAAAUUCCAUUAAUAUAUAAAAACUUAAGGAUAUUUACAUUAUAGAAAUUUAGAUGAAUUAAUAUCUUCUGCAAUAGAAAACAGCGAAGAAUAUGAAGACCCUAUAGCUACAUGCUUACCUCAACUAAUAACCAGUUUUUUACUUAUAUACGAUGAAUAAUUAGAAAAAAGAACAUUAAAACUAUUAAUAAAAAUGUAUAAUUAAAGAUACGAAUUAAUUUAAAAUAUUAACAAAAUGUAAAUAAUAUUUGAUUAAUAUACUUUCCAAUUAUUCGAAAUACUAAAAAAAGUAUGA